AUAAACAAUAAAAAAACAACACCCAAAUCUGCCAAUCAUGUUUCAGUUAUUCGAUUUGGAACAGCAAUAUGCCUUAUUUCCCAAAAUUCAACGCGAGGAAGUGCUAAAACUCCUGCAAUGGGCCCAAACCCAACCCCAUCUGCCCAGCAUAACGGAGCAUGAGGCUGUGUGCUUCUUCUAUGCCUGUGGCUGUAGCAUGGAAUACUCCAAGCAGGUGCUGGACCUCAGCUACACCUGUCGCACACAUUUCGAAGAGUUCUUUAGUAACUUGGAUGUUGAAUCGCCUGAUAUGAAACAGGUCUACAGGACGGUAGCCGCCUUUCCACUGACACAAAAGACACCCGAAGGAUAUGCUGUACUGUUGGCAAAACUAGUGGAUCCGGAUCCUUCAAAGUUCAAUUUUGUUAAUUCCAUUAAAUUAUAUUGUGUGAGUCAAGAUAAGGUGAUGCUGGAAAAUGGCAUUGCGGCUGGACUUAUUAUUGCCAUAGAUUUAUCGGGAGCCACCUUCGGUCACAUUGCUCGCAUUGGAAUAAUGCAAUUGAAAAAAGUCAUCUACUAUCUACAGGAAGCUAUACCAUCUCGUCUUGUGGGUCUUCAUUUUCUCAAUUCGAAUGCCAUCAUUGAUAAACUGUUGUCGCUUAUGGCACCCUUCAUGAAAAAGGAAUUGAUGGAUAUGCUGCAUGUGCACACCAACAUGGAAAGCUUUUACAAGUUUGUUCCCCGCGAAUUGUUGCCCAAGGAGUAUGGUGGUCCCGACAAGGAUAUCAAACAGUUUCAAGAGACAUUCCUUAAAAGCUUGUUUGAAUCCCGUGUUGACAUUAUGGAAUACAACAGCACUCAUCGUGUGAAUGAAAAACUUAGGCCAGCGAAGGCAAAACAUUCCUCAGAACUCUUUGGCACUGAAGGGAAUUUUAAGAAAUUGGACAUCGAUUAGGGUGUGUGGAUGAUGAGCGUAGAGUUUAAACACCACAAUGA